AGUCUCUUCUAUUUUUUUAGCCAUCCUCCUGCACAAUUAUUAUUAUGUCCAUAGCUCUCCAAAAAGUCAUCCCUCUUCUGGCAACUCUCGUCUAUACAUCUGCAACAUCUAUUCUCCCCUUUGUUAGAACUCCCACUGGUGCUAUAAUCUACAUUUUCCCUACACUUUGUAUUUUUUCCUAUAUGUAACACCAACUUGUCCUCCUAAGAACUUUCUUGUUGCAACUCUCUUCAGCCUCUCUUGUUUAAGAUCUCAUCUGCCUUAAACCUGCUGAGCAACUUUAUAUAAUCUGUCUGCCCAAACCUGCUUUAGCUCUGACCCUCAGCAGUUUCACCUUCAUACACAUUUUUCCAGACAUUCUCCACACUCUUGGGUAACCCUUUCCCCAGCCUCCACCUCUAAAUCUCGGGAUCAAAGCAUACAAACCACCCACUUUACACGUUUACAGCCUCCCACCCACAACCUCAGAUUCUCAGCCUCCUCCCUCUCCUCCCCCCGAAAAGAAAUAACAGGCAGCUCCCUGGUCUCUACUAAUUCACGAUUAAACGAGUUCCUGCUUCUCCCGGUAUGUCGGUGCUGUUGGCGGUUGUCUCAGCUCUCCUGGCUGCCGUCCUCCUCCUGUUUCUCCCCAGAGGGCGAGCGCUCUGCUCCUUGCUGUUACAAGAUGCGCGGUUCCUGUUUCGGGUCAGAAAGAUUAAAAUGUCAUUCGGUCGCUGGAUGGAGCAGGGGGCUUUCUCUCUACCGAUGCUUUUCCAGGCCCAGGUUCGGAAACAUCCUGACAAAACUUUCUUAAGGUGCAGAGAUCGGAACCUCACUUACCGUGAGUUGGCCCACAUGAGUAAUAAAGUUGCCAAUGCAUUGCACGGACAUCCGGCGGGGCUGGGUGGAGGAGCCACAGUAGCACUGCUGCUAGGAAACGAGCCCCGCUUCCUAGCUGCUUGGUUCGGCCUGGCUCAGCUAGGGAUGGUAGUGGCAUUCCUCAACACCAACGUGAGGAAAGGAGCCCUGAAGCAUUGUCUGAAGUCCUGCGGGGCCCAGGGGGUCAUCACCAGCCCAGAUCUGUUUGAAGCUAUUGGAGAGAUUAUUUCAGAACUGCAAGAGAUGGGGAUAGUUGUGUGGGUUAUGGGCACUGGCAACUACCCUCCCAAUGUUAUUAACUUGCAAGAACUAAUAGACGUGGCUUCAGAUGACCCUCCAGCAGCUCACCUAGGGGUAGUGAAAGACCCAAGGAGCCCAGCUAUUUGCAUAUUCACCUCUGGGACCACAGGAUUACCCAAAGCUGCACAGAUCAGCCACUUAAAAACUCUUAUGUGUUGCGUGUUCUACCAGUUGUGUGGUGCCAACACUGAUGACAUUAUCUACAUGUCACUACCACUCUACCACAAAUCAGGGGCGUUACUGGGUAUUGGUGGCUGCAUCGGCAUUGGUGCCUCGGUAGUACUGAAGGAGCGUUUCUCAGCCAGCCAGUUCUGGAGUGACUGUUGCACGCACAAUGUUACAGUGUUCCAAUAUAUUGGGGAGCUGUGCAGAUACCUCACCAGCCAACCCAAGGCUGAGCAUGAGACCAAACACAACGUCCGAUUGGCAACAGGAAGCGGGCUCCGUCCUGAUGUGUGGAGGGAUUUUAGUCGGCGCUUUGGAAAGAUUGAAGUCUUUGAGACGUAUGGCUUGACUGAAUUUAACAUCACUUUCUUCAACUACACCCAGACAAAAGGGGCAGUAGGCAGGGGCAGCUUUUUGUACAAGCAAUUCUGCCCAUUCGAUCUCAUACAGUUUGACACCCAGCAGGGGGAGGCAGUAAGAGACUCAUUGGGGCGCUGCUUGCGAGUUUCCACAGGGCAAACAGGCCUCCUUAUUUCUCCGGUCACAACCUCUUCUCCGUUCCUGGGGUACGUGGGAAGCCGGGAACUGUCUGAAAAGAAGCUUCUUAGAGAUGUGUUUCAACCAGGAGACUGUUACUUCAACACUGGAGACUUAAUGAUGCAAGAUAGCAAGGACUUUGUAUACUUCAGAGACAGGAUUGGGGACACCUUCAGGUGGAAAGGAGAGAACGUGGCCACUACUGAGGUGUCGGAAAUUCUAAGUUCUCUUGAUAUGUUCCAAGAGGUUAAUGUGUACGGAGUAACCGUCCCAGGACAUGAAGGCCGUGUAGGGAUGGCAGCAGUGGUCUUACAGACAGAUCAUGAAUUAGAGCUCGAGCGAGUGUACACUCACGUGAUGGACCUCCUCCCUUCAUAUGCUCGACCUCGCUUUCUACGAGUAAUGGAGUUUAUGGAGUCCACAGGCACAUUCAAGCAACAGAAGCUGAAGCUGGUUCAGCAAGGCUUUUCCCCAUCCAUCAUCCUGGACCCACUCUUUGUACUGGAUGAAGCCUCCAAAUCCUACCGGCCUUUAACUGAGGAACUGUACAACAAUAUUGUGGCUGGUGGCUUUAGAGUAUAACCAGUUAAUACCACAUUUGCCAUAUAAGGAGGGACAAUGUCACACUAUAAAACCAGCCAUUUUUACUCUCUUUAAAGGGACAGUGUACACCAAUUGUCAUGUAACUGCAUGUAAUAGACACUAAUAUAAAGAUUAAUAUGCACAGAUACUGAUCUAAAAAUCCAGUAUAAAACCUUUUUAAAACUUACUUAGAAGCUCCCAGUUUAGCACAUUUAUAAAGUGUUCUGUUAUUUAUAUAUUUAGUUUAGCACUGUUGAUAAGGUUAGGCUGGGACACCCAGUAUAAGUGACUGGGGAAGCAGGAAAAGCAGAUACUCCUCCCUCCCCUGCAUAUGAAAAAACAGUGCACUGGAGCAAGCAGGAAUCUGUAGACUUCAGUCUACAUCUGAUACUUUGGAACUUGGUUAGGAGUCUGAAAAUCAGCACAAUGUUAUUAAAAAAUAAGCAAAACUAUACAUUGUUACAAAAACACUUGCAGACAGGCUAUAUAAAUAGAUUAUCUACAAAACAUUUGUGGGGGGGGGGAGGAGAAAUCUAGUGUGCAAUGUCCCUUUAAAGAUAUGUUCUGAUUGUUGCACUAAUUUUGCCUUUUAAUUUGGUGAUAAGGUGGGUCCUACAGUCCUUGGCUCACAGGGAUUUUUACCAUGUGCCUUAGUGUCCAAACAGGGUUUUUGUUUAUAUUCAUAUCCUCAGAAUUACAGGGUAUACAGCCAGGCUUGGAGCCUGUAUUUUAGUGCACUGCUGGGUUAUAUCUGUUUACUGACCUCUACACCCAGCAGCAGUGUAACUUGUCUAAUCUAGAUGUAAAUGUAAUAAUGUCUUUUAUACUUCUUUUCUGUACUUUUGUAGCAUUUUUUUAUAACAAUCAAGUAAAAAUAAAACAAUUUACUACAUA